AAUAUGAGUAGAAGAAGACAACCCUGGAAGCAGCAUUUAUUUGUGGGUUUUUCGGUGUCGUUAGAGGAGAGCUAACUUCUCCAAUGUUUCUACAUUAGCAAACAAAUGUAUAAAUGAUAUAAAAUACACUUUAGAGAUCCAUAAAUUAUUGAUGUUGGCGGCGCUGGUGGAGGAGAAACAUGCGGAAGAGGAAUUCAGACGAGUCCAGACGGUGAUAACAGAGGACUGUAGUAACGUCAGGUUUGUUAACGUGUUACUGUUGUUAGGGAAUAACUUUGAACAUUUGAACGCAUUUUUCUUCAAACAUAUACAUAUCAGAAGGCUUAUCUCUCUUAUGUAUUAAAACAUUACGCAUAUUUAUAUGUUUUCUGUUCAAAAUGAAAGUAAGUUUGUCUACAAAAAGGAGACUGGAACCGGCUUUAGUCUGAAAAGUUCAUGUUAUAUCCAGUUUUCUCUUAUUUUACAGCUUUGCACACAUACAUGCAAAAAGGAGACUAUAUUUAUAAUAAAUAUAUUUAUAAAGCGUUAUAGAGAUAGGCGUCAAGUAAAGUGUUACUGAGUGUUUUUUUUCUCUGUACUCCUAUGAGUCGAGCGGUCCUCUCAUCCAGGGCAUUUCAUUGCACUGUUGACCUUGUCUAACAUUAACAUGACAAAUCUUGAGUGUUCUUGAUUCCCCUGUAUAAGAAUUUACUCACCCUGUUUUUCUUUCUUUAAAUGUUUUCUUUCAUUUUCCUUUCAGUGAGACUCUCUGCAUCAAGCUUAUAGACAGACAUUUCAUCCGAGCAACAGAGCUGUGAGAUCCAGAAAACCUCAAAUCUGCAGCAGGUAAAAGUCAAGAACAUCCAUGGUAUACUCUCACAUCUUCAUCGAGCAGAAAUGGCAGAAAAAACACCCUCAACUGAAGUGGAAACUAACUGUUUUCAAGUGAAGAAAGAAGAAAAUGAUUCAGAUGAAGAAAUGGACGUGAAACCAUUUUAUGGGAGUCAUCCAGAAGGUAGAACGAUGAGCAUCAAGGUUGAGAGGGAUGACGGUGAGAGUGAGGAAGACUGGGGGGAAAGUGAAGGAACUGGCAGUGAUGACAGUACUGAUGACACCGAUGAUACUGAUGAUGAUGAAGACAUGGAGACGAAUGAUGGAGCAGCUGCACAAACUCACAAAUCAAAUGGAGCCCAAGCUGCUCCAAACAAAGGUCUGUAUCAGCAGAAGUACAGCUGUAAAGUGUGCGGCAGGUCUUUCUGUUUCAAAGCCCUGCUCAUAAAUCAUGUGAAAAAUGAAGAGAAGGAUUCAGAUCUUUGUGGAGUGUGUGGCAAACGGUUUGAGUCUAAAGAGAGUUUGACCCUCCACCUGCAAAUCUACGUCUCAACAAACGACUGUGAAGUUUGUCUCAGACGAUUUGACACCCCGAAAAUCCUGGAGAUGCACAUGAUGAGGCACACCGGAGAGAAACCGCACGUCUGCAGCGUCUGUGGGGGGGCCUUUAACCAGAAAGCCGCCCUGAAGAGACACAUGAGCUCUCACAGGAAGGAGAAGCUGUACGUCUGCAGCGCUUGUGGUCAGAGUUUCAAGCCGACUCUGAGCUCCGAACAGAAUCCAAAGCUGUGCGGAGUCUGUAGCGAACAUCUGGACUCCGAUGAGAGCUUUAGGAUGCACUUGGAAGUGAACUACAAAGAAAACACAAGCAGGGAUCAAACAGAGGACUCGCAGACGUUAAGCUCGAAUGCUGAGAGCAAGGAUUGGGGGAAAGGUGGCAGUGAUGAUGGUGAAAACAUGAACUUGAUGUAUUGCUGUAAGGUGUGCGGGAGGUCUUUCGGCCAGAGAGCCUGGUUCUGGAAGCACGUGACAGAAAACGAGAAGGGUACAGAUAUUUGUGGAGUGUGCGGGAAACGGUUCGAGUCCGAAGAAAGCUUAAGGCUCCACCUGCAAACCUACAUCCCAACAAAAGCCUGCAAAGUCUGCGGGAAAAGAUUCGACUGCUUAUAUCGGCUUGACAUACACAUGAGGACGCACACCGGAGAGAAACCGUACGUCUGCUCCUGCGGGAAAGCUUUCGCCAUAAAGGGGGGCUUGAAGAGACAUAUGCAGAUCCAUACAAGGACGAAGCUUUACGUCUGCAUCAUGUGCGGUCAGAGCUUCAGACAGACUCAGGGUUUUAAACAGCGCCCUCUACUGUGUGGAGCCUGUGGAAAAGAUGCAGAAAGUGGUGAGAGAUCGGAGGUGCAUACGGUAAAAGAAGAAAACACACAUACUGACGCUGAGAGCAAAGCAUGCGAUAGUGAUGAGGAGGGGAUGGAGAGUGAACCUUCUGAAGGUGAAGCUCAAGGGUCAGACAAACCACAUCUAAAGUACAGCUGUAAAGUGUGCGGGAGGUCGUUCUGCCACAGAGCCUGGUUCUUGAAGCACGUGACAGAAACUGAGAAGGAUAAAGACAUCUGUGGUGUCUGCGGGAAGCACUUUGAGUCUGAGGAGAGCUUAAGGCUUCACCUGCAAACAUACGUCCCGACGAAGGAUUGCAAAGUUUGUGGAAAGCAGUUAAGCCACCCGGCUCUGCUGGAGACCCACAUGAGGACUCACACCGGGGAGAAGCCGUAUGUCUGCAGCGUCUGCGGAAAAGCCUUCUCAGGGAACAGGAAUCUGAUGAAGCACAUGCAGACCCACACAGAGGAAAAGCCGUAUGACUGCAGAGUGUGCGGACAGAGCUUUAGAUAUAAAGAGUAUUUAGGGAUUCACAUGAGAACCCACACGGGUGAGAGGCCGUUUCCCUGCAGCGUCUGCGAGAAACGAUUUGGACACAGAGGGGCUUUGAAAACACACAUGCGGCUCCACACGGGAGAGUUCAGGCACCACUGCCUUGUGUGCGGCAAGAAGUUCAACAUGAGCAGCGCGCUGAAAAUCCACAUGAGGUCCCACACGGGGGAGAGGCCGUUUGUGUGCGACGUCUGCGGGAAGAGCUUCAAGGCCCGCAGUGUGCUCAAAACACACACAGAAACGCACAAAGGCGGGAUAACCACCGCUGCAACAUCUGUAGCUAAAAGUGAAGAAACACAGUGAGACUCAGAGAGAUGGAUCAUGAGUGGAGAGAACUUUACACACUGUAGAAAGAGUGAAAAUCAUGUGAGGGAGAAUAGGAGAUUUUUAAAGUCAUUAUGCAGGAUAAAAACAGGAUGUAAAUAUCCAGAUAUCAUGAAACAACAAAAUUCACACCAACAAACCUACAAAGACUUGCUGAAGGAUUUUACAAUGAUACAAAGAUGCUGUAUUACUCUGUACAUCAUGUCAAUUGCAUGUUAAAGUCUGAUUACAUUCCCAAAAUACAACAUUAAAAAUUAAAACUUAAGAAUGGAAAGAAAAUAUAUAUAUAUAUUACUUUGUAAGUUCAGAUUUUUUCUAUUUUGAUUCCACUGUUUGUCCUCGUUUGCCAAUAUACAGGUCACAUAAAUGGUGCUAAAAUAUCCUGUUCUGACAAUAAACGCAGGAAAUCUGUCA